AUGUCAUCGCAGGUAGUGGCUACCUCGCCGGCUGCCACUGAAGGAGGACAUACUGCAUCCAUCAAGGCCGCCAAAUUCGUCUCCCCCAACUCAAUCGUUUCGGCCGGUCUCGAUCGCACCGUGCGUCUGUGGAAAUACUCUGAAAGUGACGAUGGAUUCUCUGGGACGAUCGCACCUCAGCUUGAGCUUUAUGGACACAAGCUCGACAUUAACUCGCUGGCUGUGCAUGCGCCCUCGAACCGAAUCCUCUCCGCCUCGUCAGACCACAUGGUGGGCUUCUGGUCGACCAAGAAAUCGGAUGCCCCCGCCGCUCCCGAGAAUCUCCUCCCCUCUGCCGCGUCGCGGAGCUCCAAGAGAAGAAAGCUGAACUCCUCCGUGAGCACGCCCCAGCGCGGACCUUUGGCGCUGAUGUCGGGCCACACCGCGCCCGUGUCGGCUGCCAUCUUUGACGCCAACGACUCGACCGUCGGUUACUCCACGUCUUGGGAUCAUUCCCUUCGCACAUGGGAUCUGGUUACGUCUUCUCUGGUCGACACACGGACGACGUCUCACUCGCUUCUUGCUCUCGCUCACCUUCCCGACCACCAUCUCCUCGCUGCUGGUACAUCCGCUCGCCAUAUCACCCUCAUUGAUCCUCGUGUAUCCGCCGCUACAAUUGCGGCGAUGACUCUGCGCGGACAUACCAACGCUGUCGUGUCGCUGGCCCGCGACCCUCAUAGCAACUACGGGCUGAUCAGCGGCAGCCAUGAUGGUACUUGUCGCAUCUGGGAUAUCCGAGCCACGAAAACGGACAAGGAUGGUGUGGUAGGCGAGAGCGUAUACUCCAUCACCCGAAAGAGCCUUGAGGAGGAAGGCAAGUCGGCCUCUAAGCGUGUCGGCGGUGAAGGUGUCAAGGUGUUUGGCGUGUGUUGGGACGCGGCCGUGGGCAUCGUCAGCGCUGGUGAGGAUAAGCGCAUCCAGAUCAACCGUGGAGAGGGCGUGUUGUCUUCCACGUAA